UGACUUCAGCGAGGCAGUCGGGGCUUCCUGGCAGGUGAUGGCGCCCCCCGUGGCCUAGAAGUCCAGCGCCCUCGGCCCGCCGCCGCAGACAGGCCUCUCUCUCCGUUGUGUCUUGGGCAAGUCUCCGGGCUCCUUGGAACAUGUUGGUGCGGCUAGCCAAGCUGUCGUGCCCUGUGUACCAGUGCUUUCAUGCCUUAAAAAUUAAGAAAAAGUGCCUACCUCUCUGUGCUACAAGAUGGUCUUCAACGUCUGUCGUGCCUCAGAUUACCACCCACUACACUGUUCACCCCCGGGAGAAAGACAAACGGUGGGAAGGAGUGAACAUGGAGAGGUUUGCGGAGGAAGCAGAUGUGGUAAUAGUUGGCGCCGGCCCUGCAGGGCUCUCUGCGGCUAUCCGUCUGAAGCAGCUGGCUGCUGAGCAUGGGAAGGACAUCCGUGUGUGCCUGGUGGAGAAGGCCGCUCAGAUAGGAGCGCAUACGCUCUCGGGGGCCUGCCUUGAUCCAGUUGCUUUCAACGAGCUCUUCCCAGACUGGAAGGAGAAGGGGGCUCCACUUAACACUCCUGUAACGGAAGACAGAUUUGCCAUUUUGACAGAGAAACACAGAAUCCCCGUGCCCAUCCUUCCAGGUCUUCCGAUGAACAAUCAUGGCAAUUACAUUGUACGCCUAGGACAUCUAGUGAGCUGGAUGGGGGAGCAGGCAGAGGCUCUUGGAGUUGAAGUGUACCCUGGAUAUGCUGCUGCUGAGGUCCUUUAUCAUGAAGAUGGGAGUGUAAAAGGAAUUGCCACUAAUGAUGUAGGAAUACAAAAGGAUGGCGCACCAAAGACAACAUUUGAGAGGGGACUAGAACUACAUGCCAAAGUCACAGUCUUUGCAGAGGGUUGCCAUGGACACCUAGCCAAGCAGCUCUAUAAGAAGUUUGACCUGAGGGCCAGCUGUGAACCCCAGACUUAUGGAAUUGGUUUGAAGGAGUUAUGGAUUAUUGAUGAGAAGAAGUGGAAACCUGGCAGAGUAGACCACACUGUCGGCUGGCCCUUGGACAGACACACUUACGGAGGCUCUUUCCUUUAUCAUUUAAAUGAAGGUGAACCUCUAGUAGCUCUUGGUCUUGUGGUGGGUCUCGACUAUCAGAAUCCAUAUCUGAGUCCAUUCAGAGAGUUCCAGAGGUGGAAGCACCACCCCAGCAUCCAGCCCACACUGGAAGGUGGGAAGAGGAUCGCCUAUGGAGCCCGGGCACUCAAUGAAGGUGGCUUGCAGUCUAUUCCAAAACUCACUUUUCCCGGUGGCUUACUAAUUGGUUGUAGCCCUGGCUUCAUGAAUGUUCCCAAGAUCAAAGGUACCCACACAGCAAUGAAAAGUGGAAGUUUGGCAGCAGAAUCAAUUUUUAAUCAACUAAAUAGUGAAAAUCUCCAAUCAAAGACAGCAGGACUUCAUGUAACUGAGUAUGAAGAGAAUUUGAAGAAAUCUUGGGUAUGGAAAGAGCUACAUGCUGUUAGGAAUAUAAGGCCAUCCUGCCAUGGGAUACUGGGAGUAUAUGGAGGGAUGAUUUACACUGGAAUAUUUUACUGGAUAUUAAGAGGAAUGGAGCCAUGGACUCUAAAACAUAAAGGUUCCGAUUCUGAUCGGCUCAAACCAGCUAAGGAUUGUACACCCAUUGAGUAUCCAAAACCCGAUGGACAGAUCAGUUUUGACCUCUUAUCAUCUGUGGCUCUGAGCGGUACUAAUCAUGAACACGAUCAGCCAGCACACUUAACCUUAAAGGACGACAGCAUACCGGUCAAUAGAAAUCUGUCCGUCUAUGACGGGCCCGAGCAGCGAUUCUGCCCUGCAGGAGUUUAUGAAUUUGUUCCUUUGGAACAAGGUGAUGGAUUUCGAUUACAGAUAAACGCUCAGAACUGUGUGCAUUGUAAAACAUGUGAUAUCAAAGACCCAAGUCAGAAUAUUAACUGGGUGGUGCCAGAAGGUGGAGGAGGACCUGCUUAUAACGGCAUGUAACAGAGCGCCUUCAUGGACUGGCACAUUUGACAGCCAGUUUCUAUAAAACUGUAAAUGUUUAGAUAACUUCUAAACAAGUGUCCUUAAACACUAUUGAAGGAGAAAACUUUAUUAUCUAAAGUUGCCCCAUAAACUCAUGAACUAUUUCUCAUAAAUAAAACUUUACAAAUAAA